AUGUCGCAUUUUUCUAUAUUAUCAACAAAAGCAUACGCUAGCUCUGUUGGUACUCCAUCUACUAUUUGUGAAUAUCUAACUAUCCAAUCUGGAAGACCUGAUAAUCAAUGUAAUGAUACAGGUGUUAAUAUUAGCAAUGUUAGACUAGAAGCUACUUGGACGGCAGUCUAUGUUAAGUGGGAUACCGAAAUUGCGAAAGCCGAAGAAAAUUGUUCAUUAAAAGUUUAUUAUCAACUGGAGUAUGCUGUUGUCAGAAAUGGAACCGAUACUGAUAAUUGGAUGAUAGCUUGCAAAAAUAUCACUUCCAAGGAAUGCUUUUUCAAACGAGAUUGUUCCACGCUAAAUAAAUCACUUAUCUACAAAAUAACGGCUACAAAUCACCAUGGUCAAAUCUUAACCGUUAGCAGUAAUCAAACUUAUUUUCCAGAUUUUGAUAUAAAGUUGGAUUAA